CCUAAAGAGCAAAUGGUGUAAUUUCCUAUGCUGAUACUUUGUAGUUAAUUUUAAAAAAAGGUUUCAUUUUCCUACUGGUCUGAUUUCACAGGAACAUUUUACCUGUUUCUGUGAGGCAUUUUUUCUCCUGGAAGAGACAAGCUGAUUGGCCCCAAAUGACUGACAACUUGGUGUAACGAAAAUUUCCAAUGUAAACUGAUUUUCCCUCAGUUUCAGCAAUUUUAUAUCUAUAUAUAGAGAUAUCUUUGUCAGAAUUGCAUUGUUAGCUUCUCCUGGUAAACUAAUUGCCUCACAUUGUCAGGGCAAAUAGAGAUCUAUUAAUGGGUCUCACUUACCAACUGAUCCCAACCCUGGUCUGCUUACUGGUUUGUACCAGCAACUUUGCCCACGGACACAAGUGUGAUAUCACCUUGCAAGAGAUCAUCAAAACGCUGAACACCCUCACUGCGAGAAAGAACACGACUGAGAAGGAAACCUUCUGCAAGGCGGCAACUGCUCUUCGGCACAUCUACAGACACCACAACUGCUUGAGCAAACACCUGAGCGGACUUGACAGGAACCUCAGCGGCCUGGCAAACACGACCUGUUCUGUGAAUGACUCCAAGAAGAGCACAUUGAGAGACUUCUUGGAAAGGCUAAAGAAGAUUAUGAAGGAGAAAUACUCAAAAUGUUGAAGCCGAAU